AUGAAGCGGAACGCUGAUGGCGUAGGUCCGCAACAUGCUGAGCUCCUCGCCAGCUUCCAGGAGGCAGCUCCCAUCAACAGAACAGAUAUCUCUAACAAUCAACAUCAACAAAGUAAUCAAAACUCGCUGAAACGAGCCAAAGAAGGUGAUGAUUCAUUUGAGCGUGAACAUCGAUUGGCUUCGGGCAAUAACAAAUACUUUUACUACAGGAAUGGACAUCCAAUAACCAUUACAUCUACAACUACAUCUUCUGGACAUAAUGGUACAACUGCUGUUGUACGUCAAGCUUCCUUCCCUCCUUUCAAAAUUAAUUUUGUCAGUGAUGAAGUUCCAAAGGAGCUAGCUAUCAUCAAGGAUAUCAACAAUUACGAACAACGAGAAGCAUUCAAACAAUAUGAUAAAGUUUUUUUUAUGAGAGAUACACCAGUAGAUACGGGGAUUAAUCUUUGUAUUAGUUCAUUACCUGAAGAAUCAAUGAAACAAAAUCAUUUUUCUGAAUCGAGGAUGUUUCAUAGUGUACAUGCCAUUGAAGAAAAUAGUGAACAAAUUGAAGAACCUAUUGAACGUUCAUAG